GUGAUCAGUGAUCAUCAAUAUUUCAGUCGAUGGAGAGCUCCGCUGCGGGACGCGGGUUAUUGUCACAAUUGUUCACAUAAUCGCGUGUCCUCUCGUCCUCUCUCCACUCGGGCGCCGAUUGAAAUUUUAUUGAGAUCGGAUUUCGGAAUAAUAAUGGCUUCGUCUUCAUCGAUAGAAUAUCGUGUCUAUGGAUUACCAGAAGACACGUUCUUUACAAUUUCUGCCAGUGACUUCCGAGGAAGAAAUAUACCAAACGGAAUCCAAUUUGGCAAAUACACAAAAUACCGUUUUAUAAACCCUUUUUCAGGACAAGCCUCACAAGGCUUCAUCUUCGAAGUCUUUGAAACGGCGGCCAAUAAAGCAUCCACCGUUUUGCCAUGGUCGGUGGUGGAAAAGAAGGACGUCAACACAUCGUCACCUAUUAUUUUCAUAAAUGAAUCACCACCGGAGAAUGACCAAAGUGUUGUUGAAGUGGUUCCUGAGGAAUGGAACGCCAAGCAGGAGCUCAACUUCAACUCAUCACCAUUUGAUGAAUCGUCCGUUUUGAUCAUAGUGGACGAAGGCUCGUCGCCUCCCAUUAAUAAAAGCGCCGAUCCGAUCGUGCAGAAGAAACAGCGAACUGCAAAUGAACCAACUUCUGAUUUCUCUGCAGAGGACCAACAGUCAUCAUCAGGUGGCCAAGGCAAAGAGCAGGAUGAAAUUCCACAAGCAGAUCAAGAGCACCCGGCGACCACAUCCCCGGCUGCAGAUGUUACGGAGGAAGUUCAGCCUAAUAACCUGCGCGACUUGGAAGGUUUUGAAGCUGAGAAUCCUGAUUCCUCUGCAGAGGACCAACAGUCAUCAUCAGGUGGCCAAGGCAAAGAGCAGGAUGAAAUUCCACAAGCAGAUCAAGAGCACCCGGCGACCACAUCCCCGGCUGCAGAUGUUACGGAGGAAGUUCAGCCUAAUAACCUGCGCGACUUGGAAGGUUUUGAAGCUGAGAAUCCUGAUUCCUCUGCAGAGGACCAACAGUCAUCAUCAGGUGGCCAAGGCAAAGAGCAGGAUGAAAUUCCACAAGCAGAUCAAGAGCACCCGGCGACCACAUCCCCGGCUGCAGAUGUUACGGAGGAAGUUCAGCCUAAUAACCUGCGCGACUUGGAAGGUUUUGAAGCUGAGAAUCCUGAUUCCUCUGCAGAGGACCAACAGUCAUCAUCAGGUGGCCAAGGCAAAGAGCAGGAUGAAAUUCCACAAGCAGAUCAAGAGCACCCGGCGACCACAUCCCCGGCUGCAGAUGUUACGGAGGAAGUUCAGCCUAAUAACCUGCGCGACUUGGAAGGUUUUGAAGCUGAGAAUCCUGAUUCCUCUGCAGAGGACCAACAGUCAUCAUCAGGUGGCCAAGACAAAGAGCAGGAUAAACUUCCUGAAAUAUUUACUGCUGACGAUGCAGACGACAUCCAGAAAGCAGUUGAGUCCAAUGAAAUGCUCUCACAAGAGUACGAGGCGACCACCCCUCUGGCAGAUCUUACGGUUCAAAAACAGCCUAACAACCUGCGCUUCAUAGCUUUGGAGGAUUUUGAACCGAAUCAGGAGGAUGAUCUAAGGUUGAAAAAAGGCGAUAUUAUUUAUGCUCCAAUGGAUAAAAAUUGGCUUGUUGGCUCGUCUAUAAGAGGUGUUGGAGCUUUUGCUCUGAAUUAUGUCAAAAUAGCACUGGCAGCUGAAGGAGAGGACAACAGGAGGAUUGUGCCUGAGAAUCAAAUCGAUAUGUCUGAGGACACUUCGUCACGUAAUACUGCGCCUCUGAUCCAUGAUGAAAAUGCCUCCACAAGCUCAUCAGUUGUUUUGCAAUCUGCAAGCCUAUCUCAGCGAAGUCUCCCUGAAUGUUCUGAGGAUCAGGAAGCAGAGAUCUCUGAGGAGCAAUUGCCAACAGACAUAGUGCGUACUGACGACAAUAAAGCUCAAUUGCCCUCCAUCGGUCAGGUUGUCUCCAGUGUGAUGAUUCACGUUGGCGGCGGAUUCUUUGGAAGCAACGCUCGUUUUUCACUUAUCCUAAAAACUCUUCCAACACCACAAAAGAUUGUUGAGGGUACAUUUCGUUCAUAUGUUGGAGUAAAGAGAUUAACUACCGCAAAUCUGACGCCAAAGGAAAUGGGUGGAAAUCCAAUUUUGAAGCCUCUCUUUGUAGUCCUAAUCAAUUUUGCUAAUUUCCUGAUCGAAAAGAAAUUUGGCAAUAAAUCGCUCCUGACCUACAAUCAAUGUUGCUCGAUAGUAUCCAACCAUUACACUUUCUGCCAAAACAACUUUGCGGAGAAGAUAAAACAUCUGGAGAAAGAAGAAAGGAAUCAUCCCUCUGGCAUUCCUAAGGAACAGAUGGUUCUUCGGGUCUUGGAUCAACCAAGUGAGACUUUCUGGGUGUACGGGCUAAACAGAAAAUUGAACCAUGUAUAGUUUUUGUGCUUUGCUUCUUCAGUGAAAAAGAAAUCUCAAAUAUUUAUGUCUUAUAUUUUUAAUAGAUUUUGUCUGAUUUAAUGCAUGAUUGAAGUAUAUAUUAAUGGGCUGAGAUAUGAUCAGUAUAAUUAAUCCUGCAUAACUGGUAAUUUUAAGAGGCUGAUUAAAUAAUAAACUUAUAGGAUUAUUUUGCUUUAA